AGCACAGAGUUCAAGGAAUCAAGGGCGCUCAUCCUCUCCCCACCAUGAGGGGAAACCAACUGCCCAAGCCAGUCUUGAUUCUACUUUUUCUGCUCCUUCCCAGCGAUGCUUCAGCUACUGCAAAACCGCAGUACAUGGUGCUGGUCCCAUCAGUGCUCCACACUGGCGUUCCCGAAAAGGCCUGUGUUAUCCUUAAUCACCUGAAUGAGACAGUGACAGUGAACAUGACUCUGCAGUAUGAAACACAGAGCAGGAACCUCCUCACAGACCUGGUGGCAGAGAGGGAUUCUUUCUACUGCAGCCCCUUCGUCAUUCCAGAGUUGCCAUCUAUGCAGGCACUCAUUGGUGUGCAGGUAAAAGGGCCAACUCAGCAUUUCAUUCAGAGCAAAAUAAUGCACAUAACCAAAGCAGAGAACAUAGUCUUUGUCCAGACAGACAAACCCAUCUACAAACCAGGACAAACAGUGAGAUUCCGAAUUGUCUCUGUGGAUAUCAAUUUUCGCCCUUCGAAUGAAACAAAUCCCAAAAGAAACCGAAUUUUCCAAUGGCAAAGCGUCAAAUUGCAAGGGGGACUCAGCCAGCUCUCUUUCCCGUUAUCAAUGGAGCCCAUUAAGGGUUCCUACAAGGUUGUGCUGCAGAAGGAGUCAGGAAACAUAGAGCACUCCUUUGAGGUGGAUGAAUAUGUUAUCCCCAAAUUUGAGGUCCAAGUGAAAAUGCCCAAGAUUAUUGGUUUUCUGGAUGAAGACUUUGUGGUAUCUGUCUGUGGCUUAUACACAUAUGGAAAGCCUGUCCCUGGGCUGGUGACAAUUAAUGUGUGCAGAAAAUAUGCUCCAUAUUUUUCUCUAUAUGGUACAAAUGUGCACCAUACCAACUGUCGUAAUAUUUAUCCAAACCAUAUCUGUGAAGAAUUUAGUCAACAGGCAGACAAUAAAGGAUGUUUCACACAACUCAUAAAGACUAAAGUAUUUCAGAUGAGACAAAAAGGGUUUCACCCAACAAUACAAGUGGAAGCCAAGUUCAGAGAGGAGGGAACAGGGUUGGAAUUAAUUGGGCAUGGAUCAUGUGAAAUCACAAAUACCAUAAGCAAACUGAAAUUUACUAAAGUGGAUUUAUAUUACAGACGUGGCCUCCCUUUUUUCGGGCAGGUGCUGCUAGUCAAUGAGAAGGAUCAGCCAAUCCCCAAUAAAACUAUAGUUGUAAACACGGGAGCCACAUCUGAGUCCAGCUUUGCUACUGAUGAGCAUGGUUUGGCAGACAUUUCCAUAGACACCAGCAACUUCACUUCCUCCAUUAUCACAAUCACGGUGACUUACAAAUAUAAUGACAACUGUUUUGAUAGCCGGUGGAUGGAUGAAUUUCAUUCACAAGCAUUUCACACUGCAAGGCAUAUUUUCUCCCCGAGCCAGAGUUAUGUUCACCUUGAACCUGUUGUGGAUACUUUGACCUGCGGGCAAACCCAGGAGAUCCGGGCACAUUACAUCCUGAAUGAACAGAUUAUGAAGGAUGAAAAAGAGUUACCCUUCCGUUAUUUGAUCAAAGCAAGAGGAAGUAUCUCCCAAACAGGAAUCCAUAUGUUGUCCAUUGAAGAAGGAAAUAUGAAAGGAGUAUUUUCCUUCUCCUUUCGAGUGGAACCAGACAUUGCUCCUGCUGCUCAUUUGCUGGUUUAUGCUGUUUUACCUAAUGGAGAAAUCAUGGCAGACACUGAGAAACUCGAGAUUGAAAAGUGUUUUGCCAACAAGGUGGAGUUGAGUUUCUCCCCAGCCCAGAGCCUGCCAGGCUCAGACACCCACCUGAAGGUCACGGGCACCCCGCUCUCCCUGUGCGCCCUCCGCGCGGUAGACCAGAGCGUGCUGCUCAUGAAGCCCGAAGCUGAGCUCUCGCCUCAAUCCGUCUAUGAUCGGCUUCCAGUAAAUAUUCUCCCUAGACUUAGAUAUGCAGAUCCUGUGAAUGAGGAUGAUGAAAAAUGCAUCAAAGUAGAAGACAUAUUUCACAAUGGAAUCCUUUACACGCCAAAGCAAGUCCCGACUAAUGAUUAUGAUGUUUAUGAUAUCUUUGAGUCUAUAGGAUUAGAUAUUUUUACCAACUCAAAAAUCCGUAAGCCACGGUUUUGUCAGUCGCCUUCGGUAUAUCCAUAUCUACCGAUGAGAGUUGCUGCUGCAGAAGCAGGUAUGGGAGCCUCACCUGGACUCGCUGGUGCUUUAGCAGUGCCUCACCCAGUGAUAGCAAGAGGAGACGUUCUGGCUUUUCAAGUGAAGGAGACGGUCCGGAAGUAUUUCCCUGAGACCUGGAUCUGGGACUUGGUGGAACUCGACCCAGCAGGUGGAAGCGAGUUAGCUAUGAAGGUCCCUGACACCAUCACUGAGUGGAAGGCCAGCGCUCUCUGCUUGUCUGGAACUGCAGGGCUUGGCCUCUCUCCUGUCGUCUCUUUUGUAGUCUUCCAGCCCUUCUUCCUAGAACUCACCCUCCCCUAUUCCGUGGUGCGAGGAGAAGCCUUCACGCUCAAAGCCACUGUGUUCAACUACUUGUCCCAAUGCAUUCGGGUCAGUGUGCAGCUGGAGGUCUCUUCUGCUUUCCUGGCCAUCCCAGUGGAGAAGAAUGAAGAAUCUCACUGUGUCUGUGGAAAUGGAAGGAAAACCUUGUCCUGGGCUGUGACCCCAAAGUCACUGGGAAAAGUGAAUUUCACAGCUACUGCAGAAGCUUUGCAGUCUCAGGAAUUAUGUGACAAUGAGUUGCCUGAAGUCCCAACACUUGGACAGAAGGAUACUAUAGUCAAGCCCUUACUAGUUGAGCCUGAAGGUAUAGAAAAGGAGGAAACUUUCAACACACUGCUCUGUGCAUCAGAUACUGCAGUGACUGAAAAGUUGUCACUGACUGUUCCUUCAAAUGUGGUCGAAGGAUCUACCAGGGCAACAUAUUCAGUUUUGGGUGAUAUACUAGGCUCUGUAGUAAGAAACCUUCAGAACCUUCUCCAGAUGCCCUAUGGUUGUGGAGAGCAGAAUAUGGUCCUUUUUGUCCCUAACAUCUAUGUUCUAAGGUAUCUGAAUGAGACCCGACAGCUGACAGAGACGACCAAGGCCAAAGCCAUCAGCUACCUCAUCAGUGGGUACCAAAGGCAGUUGAAUUAUAAGCACAGCGAUGGUUCAUAUAGCGCCUUUGGGGAUCGUGAUGGUAGCAGUCAGGGAAACACUUGGCUCACAGCAUUUGUGCUCAAGUCCUUUGCUCAAGCCCAGUGGUACAUCUUUGUGGAAAACUCACACAUCAUGAAUGCCCUCACCUGGUUGUCACAGAAACAAAAGGAAAAUGGUUGUUUCCAGCGCUCUGGAUCACUGCUAAACAAUGCCAUGAAGGGCGGGGUGGACGACGAGGUGACACUCUCUGCCUACAUCACCAUUGCUCUGCUGGAGAUGCCACUGCCUGUCACUCACCCAGUUGUCCACAAUGCUCUGCUCUGCCUGGAAAAAGCCUGGAGCUUCACCUCUGAGGCCCAUGGAAGUCUUGUCUAUACCAAGGCAUUAUUGGCCUACGCCUUUGCCCUAGCAGGAAACCAGGCCAAGAGAAGAGAGCUGCUUGAGUCACUAGACAGAGAGGCUGUGAAAGAAGAGGAUUCAAUCCACUGGCAACGUCCUGGGAAACUUCAAGAAGCUAAGACCCUUUAUCACCAACCCCGGGCUCCUUCUGCAGAAGUGGAGAUGACAUCUUACGUGCUCCUUGCCUAUCUCACUGUCCAGCAUGCCCCAUCUUCAGAGGACCUGCUCGUGGCAUCACGUAUUGUGAAGUGGAUUACCAAGCAGCAAAACCCCUAUGGGGGCUUCUCCUCCACUCAGGACACAGUGGUAGCUCUCCAAGCUCUCUCCAAAUAUGGAGCAGCAACUUUUAGUAAAAGUGAGAAAUCAGCUUUGGUCACCAUCAAAUCUUCAGACACUUUCUCUAAAGAAUUCCAAGUAGACGAAGCCAACCGCCUCCUGCUACAGGAGGUCGGGUUGCCAGAGAUUCCGGGGGAGUACAGCACCACCGUGUCGGGGUUAGGAUGUGUGUACCUCCAGACAUCCCUGAGAUAUAACAUACUUCCCAAGAAAGACAAGAAAGCACCCUUCGCUCUGCAGGUUGAUACUGUCCCCAAGAACUGUGAUGAAGUAGAUGCUCACAGAAAAUUCCAGAUUCACAUUAAUAUUAGUUAUACUGGAGACCGACCCAGCUCCAACAUGGUCAUUGUUGACGUGAAAAUGAUAUCAGGCUUCAUACCUGUGAAACCAUCAGUAAAAGAGCUCCAAGAAGGGCCUCAGAUUCAGAGGGCUGAAGUGAGCACCAACCAUGUUCUGAUUUACUUUGAAGAGCUAACCAAUCAAACCCGGAGUUUCUCCUUUUCAGUGGAACAAGAUGUCCAAGUAGAGAAUUUAAAACCAGCUACAGUAAAAGCCUAUGAUUAUUAUGAGACAGAUGAAUUCAGCAUUGAAGAAUACAGUGCCCCUUGCAGUGCUGGUAAAGUAUAAACAAUAAAAUCUAAUGCCAACUUAAAGACAAUCAAAUCUGAACAAACAAAUGCUUGAAAAUAGAAACUGUGGACCUCAUCAGAUGAACUUCUCGAAAAAUGAAGAACAAAGACUUAGGAGAGAGGAGAGAAGAGAACUGGAAAUACAUAAAAUUUGUAUGUUGAAUAAAUUUGUGACAUUUGCAACUUUUUUUGUUCUUUAUCAAUAUCAUAUUUCCUUUCCUGAAUAUGUGUUUAUCCUCUUUAGCAUUUUUUAAAUCACCAAAAAACUGUACAAAGAGUUACACUCAAAAACACUGUGGAUGGAUCAAAGUGACAUUCAAAAAAUUAUUCAAUUAACCCUCAAAAAGAUGGAAAAAGAAAACAAUGUUUCUAAACAUUGAAAACAACCAAAAUUUCCAUCAGUAGGUAAAUGGCUUAACAAACUGGUAUAUCCAUACCAUGGAAUGUACUGGGCAAUAAAAAGAAAAAAAAACAAUUGCUAUGCACAACAACUUGGGUGUAUCUCAAAAACAUGCUGAGUGGGGGGAAAAGACCAAUAGCAAAAGGUCAUAUAUUGUAUAAUUCUUUGUAUACAUUCUUUAAAUGGCAAAAUUAUAGAUAUAAAAAAAACAGUGGUUUCCAGGGGUUAUGGAUGGUAGGGGGAGGGUAUGGGUGUGACUAUAAAUGGGUAGCACUAGAGAAAUCUUUGUGGUGACAAAAUCCUACAUGUGUGGAAGCAAAAGUCCUCAUUCAAAUUUUUACAUUUAAUUCCAUCUCAAAUUAUUUUGUUGUGUAUUAUUAGGUGGUAAGUAGGUGUGUAUAUAAAUUGACUUUUUUCUUAUGUAGCUUACCAAUAGUCCUGUUAUCAUUGAUUGUCCAAGUCAAUCUUUCCUUGCUAAUAAAAUGUGCCUCCAUUAUCAGA